AAUUACUAGAGUGCAAUGUAUAAGCCGCGUCGUACAUCAGAGUUCCACGAAGAAGCUCGUGACGAUGGUAGCGUCCUAAGGCGACGGCAAACGAGAUCGCAAUUGCCGCAACCGCACAUGACGCAGUUUACUCCAUCGUGCAGCACGCAGCGGACCAGCAGCAACACCAUGGCAACACCAUUGCGACAUCGCCAGGCAUCGUCAGUGGAACGCGGACUAUUUCCGCAGCACAAGGAUAAAAAAUGGGUACAGGAGCAAUCACAGGCGAUAGCCGAAUAUCUGGAUGAGAUGAUGCAGACGCACGAGAUGCCAGGCUUCACCAAGGAUUACUUCAGUCGCGGUGCAAUUUCGUUGCGUCAAAUGACUAUGAAACAAUUUGUUAACAUUGUGAAGUUCUUCUUCCAUUUCAUAUUUGGCAAUCGGGUCAAUGUGGGCAACAAUCAUGUGGAGGACAUAACAAAUGCACUGCAUAAGAUCAAGUAUCCAUUUCAAGUGAACAAAUCGUGGCUAGUGACGCCGACAACACCAUCGUCGUUUGGUCACGUAAUUGUCAUGUUUGACUUUCUCAAGGACUUGGCGCCUUCUCGCAAAGACGACGAAUACGAAGAGUUUCCGUUCAUGGAAACGAGUGAUCUGCACGACAGCAGUACGGAUCGAGCGGUUUCGCAUUUAUCGCAUGCGAAUGCCACCGUCAACAACAUUCUGCUAUCCGAGGAGACGAAAAAACCACCUCAGACACCAGCCGAAGGUGAGGGCGAUCCAGAGUUCAUCAAGCGUCAGGACCAGAAGCGCUCCGAUCUCGAUGAACAGCUGAAAGAAUACAUCAGCGAAUGGCGUAAACAGAGAGCCAAGGAGGAGGAUGAGCUGAAGAAACUGAAGGAGAAGCAGGCCAAGCGCAAGAUCUCGCGUGCCGAGGAGGAGCAGAAGAUGGCCCAGCGCAAGAAGGAGGAGGAGGAGCGUCGCGUCCGUGAGGUUGAAGAGAAGAAGCAGCGCGAAAUCGAAGAGAAGCGCAUGCGUCUCGAGGAGGCCGAGAAGAAGCGCCAAGCCAUGUUGCAGGCCAUGAAGGACAAGGACAAGAAGGGACCCAACUUCACCAUUGCCAAGAAGGAUACAGGCGUGUUGGGACUGUCGUCCGCCGCCAUGGAACGUAACAAGACUAAGGAACAAUUGGAGGAGGAGAAGAAGAUCUCGUUGUCGUUCCGCAUCAAGCCCCUGGCUAUCGAAGGCUUUGGUGAGCAGAAGCUGCGUGAGAAGGCCCAGGAACUGUGGGAGCUCAUCGUCAAAUUGGAAACUGAGAAGUAUGACUUGGAAGAAAGGCAGAAACGUCAGGACUACGAUUUGAAAGAGCUGAAGGAAAGACAGAAGCAACAGCUCAGGCACAAAGCCUUGAAGAAGGGUCUCGACCCUGAAGCCUUGACCGGCAAAUACCCGCCCAAGAUUCAAGUCGCCUCCAAAUAUGAGAGACGUGUGGAUACCCGCUCAUAUGACGACAAGAAGAAGCUCUUCGAGGGUGGCUGGGAUGAGAUCUCCAAGGAUGUGAACGAGAAGAUCUGGAACGAGAAGAAGGAGCAAUACACCGGCCGUCAAAAAUCCAAACUGCCAAAGUGGUUCGGCGAGCGACCAGGCAAGAAGGCCGGUGAGCCCGAGACACCCGAGGGUGAGGAGGAUGCCAAGGCCGAUGAGGACAUCGUUGAGGAUGAGGAUGAGGUCGAGGAGGAGGUCGUCGAGGAGGAAGACGAGGAGGCCGAGGAAGAUGAGGAGGAAGAGGAGGAGGAAGAAGAAGAGGAGGAGGAAGAGGAGGAAGAAGAGGAAGAGGAAGAAGAAGAGGAGGAGGAAGAAUAAAUAAAUAAAUAAAUUUUUUCGUAAAUACUACAUUUAAACACAAGAAAAACCAAAACAACAAAAUACCAAAGCCAACAAUUUUAAUAAAAGUAAAAGAAUGAACUAAAAAGUUAUUAUUAGCUUAUUCAAAAUACUCAAGCAAGAUGCAAAAACAUGAAAAGCAAUCACUUUUUUUAUUAUUAUGAUUAUUGAUUCUAUUGAUCGAGAAAUGUAUAUUUCUUCCAAAUAAAACAUCCAUCAACAACAACAAGAACAAACAAGACCAACAACUACAACAUCAUAGAUCAAAUAACAAUAUCGAGAUAAUUAAAGUGUUAUAGUACCAUCA